AUGGAUCCCGAACUCGCAGCGACACGAAGCAAUGCCUCGACGUCAAGCUCCAGUUCAUCAAGCUUCCAUGAGCCUGCCGAUGAAGAGAAGGACCUAGACGGGCACCGCCCAUCCUACCAUGAAAUGCGACAGACAUACUCGCGGUCGUCGCGAUCCAUCAGUCUCCAUCAAAGCCAGUACGAAGGCAUAUCGACAGGUAUAGCCCGACCGUUGACCCGCACACUGUCCCGUCGAGAGACGGUACUCUCGAGGAUAAGAUCUCGGCCCAGCGUUGCGCCCUUCUCCCACCCCCUCGCAAACGAAAAGACAGCCAACGAUGUGAUCGUCGACUUCGAGGGCCCAGACGACCCGUACCGACCCAUCAACUGGCCGAUGAGGAAGAAAGUCAUAACGACCAUGCUGUACGGACUGUGCACCAUGUCGGCAACCUGGGCCAGUUCUUCCUACUCAGCGGGCACGAGGCAAGUCGCCCAUCAUUUCCACGUCGGAGAGCAGGUCGCGGUCCUGGGCACCACGCUGUUCCUGUUCGGUUUUGGCGUAGGACCUUUGCUAUGGGCGCCAUUGUCCGAAGUGUAUGGUAGGAGGGUCGCCGUCAUGGUGCCCUUGUUCGUGGCAGUGUGCUUCUCGUUCGCGAGCGCCGUGGCGAAGGACAUCCAGACGUUGAUGAUCACGAGAUUCUUUGGUGCUUUCUUUGCCAGUGCUCCUGUGACGAAUACCGGCGGCGUUCUGGGAGACAUGUUCGCUCCGGAUUUGAGGGGUAUCGCUCUUGCGGGUUAUGCGAUGGCUGUCGUCGGUGGACCAGCGAUAGGCCCCAUCGUCUCCGCAGCAUUCGUAGCCCAACCCUCCCUCGGCUGGCGAUGGACAGAAUACUUCACCGGCAUUCUGCAAGCCGCCGUCCUCCUCAUCGCCGUGCUCUUCAUCGACGAGACCUACCCGCCCAAACUCCUCGUCUACAAAGCCCGACGCCUCCGCCACGAAACCGGCAACUGGGCGCUCCACGCCAAAUUCGAAGAAUGGGACGUCUCGGUCCCAGAGCUCGCCCGCAAAUUCCUCGUCCGCCCCAUCCAACUCCUCCUCACCCCCAUCUGCUUCCUCGUCGCGCUCUACGCCUCCUUCUGCUACGGCAUCCUGUACAUGCAGCUGGGCGGAGUCCCCAUAAUCUUCGCCCAGAUUCGCGGGUGGCACCCGUUCGUCGCAACCCUCCCCUUCCUCAGCGUCUUCAUCGGCGCAUCCAUCGGCGCCGCCCUAAACGUCUACAACCAACACCUCUACAACGCGCACUACCACGCCGCCGGCGACCGCGCCGUCCCCGAGAAACGCCUGCCCCCCAUGAUGCUCGGCUCCGUCCUCUUCUCCGCGGGACAAUUCCUCAUGGGCUGGACCGCCGCGCCCAACUACCACUGGAUCCUACCCUGCAUCGGCCUCGUGCUGCUCGGGACCGGCUUCUUCACCAUCUUCCAGGCCGCCCUCAACUACCUCGUCGACACGUUCACGCUGUACGCGGCGUCCGCCGUCGCCGCGAAUACGUUCCUGAGGAGUUGCUUCGCAGGCGCGUUUCCGCUGGUCGUGGCGCCGCUGUAUGGGAAUCUGGGGACCGGCGUGGCGUGUAGUAUCACGGGCGGGUUCGCGGCGCUGUUGAUUCCGGUGCCGUUUGUGUUUUAUGCUUUUGGCAGGAGGAUUAGGGCGGGGAGUAAGUGGAGUAGGGAUAGUGUGUUUUGA